AUGCCUCGUGAUGUUUUCCCACCGCUGAUACUCCUGCUGCUUCUGUCCGCGUUUGGGGCGUCCCGCGCCUGCCUGCAGGACCCUGCUUCAGCCUACAGGUUCACCGGAGCCGUGUGCCGCCUCACCUACCCUGCAGCUGUUGUGUUGAACGAGAAAACCACCAAAGUGAUCGAGGCAGCGUUCCAGCAUGCCAGAUACCCAAGUGUGAAGGGAGAGAAAUCCCUGCUCUUUAUAGGCAGAGUCAUAUAUGGCCUGGAAAAUUUGGAGAUUCACAACCUGUCGAUUGGUCGGAGUGAAUUUGAGCUGCGUCCAGGCGAGGGCAUCAGCAUGGAAAUAAAGAACGUGUCCGCCGUCUUCAGAGGGACCAUCCAGUAUGGAUACGGCAGCUGGCUUGUCAACGUUGCACAGUCCAUUGACUUUGAAAUUGAGUCUCAGAUUGAUCUUGGAAUCAACCCAAAACUUUACUGUGGAGAAGGCAAGGUCGCAGCAGACACAUCAGACUGCUACCUGAAUUUUCACAAGCUCCGUCUGCAUCUGCAGGGCGACAAAGAACCGAACUGGCUGAAAAAGCUCUUCACCGACUUCAUCACCUUCACUGUCAAACUGGUCAUAAAGGGACAGAUUUGUCAAGAGAUCAACAAGGUGGCAAAUAUACUGGCUGACUUCAUACAGGACACAGCAGAGCAUUUCCUCACCGAUGGGGCCAUCAGCGUGGAUAUCGGUGUAACUGCUGCUCCUGUGAUCACUGCUAACUACAUAGAAUCAUACCACAAGGGGCUGACCAAGUAUAACAACACAUCCGCUGUCAUCAAUGACUCUGUUUUCCACCCAAGUCAGCUGACUGAAAACAGGAUGCUCUACUUUUGGCUGUCAGACCAGGUCUUUAAUCCCAUGCUUGCUGCUGCCCACCACGAUGGCCGUUUUCACCUCAACAUCUCUGGAGCAGAGCUCACUGAACUUUUCAAGACAAACCUCUCCAGUGCCAUGCCCGAGCUUAUUAGAAAGUGUCUGCUGGAGUCUCCAGAGCUAAGAGUGUGGAGUUCAUCUGUUCCCCAUCUGAAAACCUCCGCCUCGGGUACGACCGUCUGGGCGAAGGCCUCUGGACAGCUCCACUGUGGGGGCACACCAACGCUCUUCUUUGAAACGGAUGUGGUCGUGGAUGUCACAGCUUCCUACGCUGACAAGAAACUUUUCCUGCAGGGUAAACCGUCAGAGAUCCAAGUCCAAGCUGAGCUUCCCGUGCAAAAUCAACUGCUCCCGGAUGAGACAGUUUAUUCACAACUGCAGUUCAUUAGGGGAGCUGUGGAGACGAUAGGCAUUCCCCACGUCCUGUCUGCUCUUGAGGUCGAGGUGACCAGGCUGUUGGACAAACAGGGAGCGAACUUGUUCGACAUCGUCAACCCAGAGGUCACCCCUAGAGAUGGCUUUGUGGUGAUUCAGAUGGAUUUUGGUUUCCCUCAUCACCUCCUGGUUGAGUUCCUCAGGAAGACACUACAGUAACUGGGCAGGCCUUAGACAUUUUGGGCCAGAUUUGGCUUUGGUAACCAGCUUGUUGCUCAUACAGAACCUUGUUUUCUUUGUAGUGAUGAUAAAUAUGUGUAAGCUGUACAAAACAUCCCUCUGUUGCAUUGUAGUAGAACGUUCAGAUAAAACCAACUUGCUCAGCUCUUCUUGUGAAAUCUAGAUAACAAAUGUGUGGACAAGCUUGCCACUGAUGCUCUCAAUACAUUUGGAGAUGUUUGCUUUUACAUGCAUAAAAAGUUUAAAGCCCACAUUUCAUUUACUUUGCUCGCUAUAUGUAAAAAAAAAAGCACAAACUAAGCAGUCUUAUGUUCUUCAGUAGGCUGCUCCAGGUGUUGGUUUUGGAAGUUGUCACGUAUGUGAAAAUUAAUGGUUUUGGACUUUUGGCAUAUGAAUUUUAAAGUGUGCAUUGUUCCUUAUAUCACCAACUUUCUCUUCAAAGUUGGUCCAAACUUACCUUGUGCCAUGUGAGUGCCAUGACAACAAACAAAAUCCUUCCCAUUAAUAAUAUUCUGAAUACUAAAUACUGAUAGUAGUGACCAAAUAAACAGGCAGAUUAAAUAUGUCACUCUUGAUGUUAACACGUAGUACUUGGUAAAAAAAACAACAACAACAACAACAACAAACAAACAGGGCAUACAAGGAAUUUUGCGUUACUUAAAAUGUGAGUUCACACACGACCUCUAUCAGGACACGUGACUUUGAUAAAGUGAUCUGUGUAGGUUAGACAGAUCACAUCAGAUGUCCUGGUGAAUACCAGGCACGUGAACGCAGAGGAAGGUGACCUUCAUGUACGAGCUGGUUUCUGUGGCUGGUAAAUUGUGCCGCAGAAUAAAAGGACAGAGAACGGACAAAACAAACAUGUUGCUGUUGAAUGUGGCGAGUUUUAAGUUGUAUUCAGUAUUACAGUUUUUUUUACAAUUCAUAACACAAUUCUCUGCGUUCACUUUUUCAAAACUCUUCAUCACUCUUCCAUCAUGAAGCUGAGCACAACAGUUAAUCAUCAGUUGAAUUCAUUUCAGUUUUAUUUAUUUAGCCCCAAUACAUGCAGAUGAAUAGACCUGCAGAGCUAGCAGUGAGAGAUGAGUGUGUGUUGUGUUGUGUUUUGAGCGUCAGGGCCGCCGUACAGAUGCAACCGAAACGCUCGAUGUACAUCCCAGGUUCAGCUCUUGCAUGUGAGGGUUGUAGCACAAAGUGAGAUUAUUUUGUCAGUGAGCUGUGUUGAGCCUUCAGCCAAAGUUUUCAAUGUCACUAAUGUGGCUCUCUUUUAACCUGGCUAGAUCGCCACGCUACCUUGUGCUGCACUCCAAACCCGCUUCAGAGGAGAUUACGUUCAGGGUUUCAGAUUUAAAUGGCCUAUGAAAAGCGCCUUUCACUAAUCAUUUUCCAGACAAUAUUCUCUAUGAGCGAUAUAGAUUUUCAGAUGAGGUUAUAUAUGCGAACCUGCUGUGAAUUGAUAAUGUCACUGAACAAAGCUCUGUAGUUACAGCAUCACAUUGUCUUCUUUUGCAGCAGGAAUGCAUACAUGCAUUCAAAAAAUCUUUUUUUUUUCCAUUUGCUUCAGUUAAUAUCAACACGAUGAAUGCACAGCAACUGUAGACCACUUUGGAUUAUGGUUUUAUGCUUCGUCCUGAUGCACUGCAAAGUCUGUUUUACACUUGUGUAUUGCAGCUAAUAGAACACCGCUUGGAAUGAUUAUUCUAUUGGCAUUUAUCACAGAUAAUAUUCAAUCAAUUUGACUUGACUGAAAACUAAAGUGACUCAUUCCAUAUAUCCUUAAUUAGGGGAUAGUGCCAGAAAUGAAUGCAACUUCUGAGCAUAAUAUUAAAAUGUGCUCCAUCACGGUUAAAGAUUAAGAGCUUGACAAUAUGCAGUUGUCACUUUAGAAAGAAAUGGGAGCCAAUGAGAGUGCACUGAGUGUUUAAAUAAAUGCACAGUUAGCAGUU